AUGGAAACGGUGCAGGAGCUGAUCCCGCUGGCCAAGGAGCUGAUGGCCCGGAGGCCCAGUCGGAAGCUGGUGAAGCUGUACGUGCUGGGCGGCGUGCUAGCCUUCUUCGGCGUGGUGAUCGGCCUGAUGGAGACUGUGUGCAGCCCCUUCACGGCCGCCAGCCGCCUGCGGGACGAGGAAGCAGCGGUCGCCGAGCUGCUGGCCGCCCGAGAGCGGAAGGUCCUCGCGACCCAGACCCUGCGGGAGAAAAGCAAGCAGCAGGAGGCCGUCCUCUGCAGCCGGGCGCUCUCCAACCGGCAGCACGCCUCCUAG